AUGCCAGGCCCGCUCGCUGCACCCACGCCCGAGCGGCUGCCGGAGACGCGGCGCUUGGGGCAAGGCCUUUACCUCGCUCCGCUGAAGGAGCUUCCAGGAUGCGCCUUCUUUCCUCGGCAUCACUAUGCCACCGUCGCCCUCUCCUCCGGUGAUGCCUUCUUCCUCUUGGGGGGCAGCAAUGGCCGCAUCCAUCUCAACGACAUUUGGUUCGCACGGCUUUGCAACAUCGGUGGACAACCUGACUGGGCCUGGUCGGAAGUUUCAGAGCAUCAAGACGGCCGCCGCGACCCGCUGGAUGGGCAGCUGAUGCUCUCGAAGUUCCCCGGCCGGUCGCGUUUUGCAGCUGCAGGCGUCCUGAACCCGAAAGGUGGGACUGCCAGGGCGCUUUACGUGACUGGCGGCCAGGGUGCUUUCUGCCCAGAGGAUUUCUGGGCCUCUGAGGACGCUGGUCGUACCUGGUAUUGCAUGUGCCGUCGGGUUCCAUGGGGCGGGCGGCUGGAGCCAGGACUGAGUGUGGUCCCGACAAAGUACGAGCAAGUGGUGGUACUGGGAGGCAUCGUUCCUGGAGUAGGACUUCGUGUUGAACGAGAUCUCUGGAUUUCUGCAGACGCAGGCUCUACCUGGAACAGCGUUAUCACACCCGAGUGGGAGCCGCGAAGUGCACCGUUGCUGGCCUUUCCGCCUCCCGGGAGGGCUGGUCGCUCGCUGCUGGUGUUGGGUGGGGCGCGCCUGGCCGAGGACGCCGCAGGGGAUCGAGCUCAUGCCGGUGGAAGCCGUUUCUUGGACGAUGCCUGGGAGGUUCGCUUAGACUUCAUCGAGAGCACAUUGCAGGCACGCGAGCUCGCAACAUCAGAAGCUCCAGAAGGUCGGGGAAGCGAUGAAAAUGGCUUUGACAGCCACAUGGCCGCGUUUGAUGCAUCGGCAUCGCUGUCAACUGCAGCGGGCGAGGUGUGGCCUCGACCUGGUGGGGCGGUCAUGGUCCGAUGCGGACAGGUGUAUCUGGCUCCUCUUACUGCUCCGCAUGCCUGGGCUCCCUCUGCGCAGCUGCGCGAGGGUUGGAACACGAAAAGGCAAUUGCAGCACGUUUUCGUGGCUUCGGGACCAAGGGCCAUCUGCCCGCGGCUGCUGGUCUUCGGAGCCGACGGCGUGGCUGCCAGUGGCGCCGGCGAGAUCUGCGCGCAGCGUGAGUUGCUCCGGCGGCUGGGUGUAGACAUGGAAGCGGCGACGGGACUGCCCUGCCCCUUGUGGUACCGUGGCCUUGCACUGCACGUUGACGGCAAUCGCGCGUCGUCCCUUGUCUGCUUCCACGCCCGCGGAGCAUCCUUGCACGAGCCGGGCGUGCUGAACCGAAAAGAGGGCGCACGGAUGGCAUCCAUGGGCAUGUUGGCGCUGCUCUCUGUCUUCGGGCUACUUAUCAUGGAGUCCGCCAGACAUAUGCAAGAGCACUGGGACGUGUACCAGAAGGGUGCGGAUCAGCUGACGCGCGACCUUCUCUCGCUCUUCAGCAAAGUCCCGGAGAGCUUCAAGAAGCAGUACCAGGAGGUGAGCGCGGACACCGUGAAAUCCGCUCAGGAUCUCUUCUAUUCUUUGCUAGGUAACAUUGUGAACAACGUCAGUUCGUUGAUUUUGGGCGUGCUGCUGACCAUGCUCUACACGUUGUUUUGGCUUUGCAGCCCCGUUCCCAUGGAUUCUUCCGUGGAUGUCAUGUUCCGCAAGUACAUCAUGUUCAAGACCCUGGCCUGUUUCGGCUACGGCAUCUCGGCCGGGCUUCUUCUCUACUUCCUCUCCGUGGAUCUUGCGUCGGUCUUCGCGCUGACGACCUUCGCGCUCAACUUUGUACCUGAGGUGGGUCCUUUCAUCGCCAUGGUACUGCCAUGUCCUGUCAUUAUCCUUGACAGCCGCAUCGACCGGCCGAUGCUGGUGCUUUUCGUCGCGAUUCUCGGCCAGCUUGCCUUGAAGUUUGCUUUUAGCAACAUCAUUGAGGUGAAGCUCAUUGAGAGUGACAAGAAGCUCCGCAUGCAUCCGGUCAUGAUCCUCUUGUCAGUGGGAGUCUUCGGAUACUUGUGGGGGCCGACCGGCAUGCUGCUUAGUGUGCCCCUGAUGGCCCUCAUGAAGAUCGCUCUCUUCUCGGAGCUGGUGCCUUCCUCCUACCGCGACCCCAUCCUCGUGAUCCUCGAGGGGGACCGGAAUGCACCGCGGAAACACGGCCUGAAGGGCAGCUCGAAGCGGGCUAGCACCCGGCGAGCUGCGCCUGGUGGCUGA